CGAUGGCUGCUACAGGCGUCCAGGAUGAGCGCCGCGACGAGGAAGCUGCUCGUCGACGUCCACACCCACGUCUACCUCCCGCGCUAUGCGUCUCUGUUGCGCUCGCGCUCGGCGGCGCCGCGCAUCCUGUCCAGGCCGACCGCGGACGGGGCGGGCACGGAGGAGAGGCUCGUCAUUCUGGACAAUGAGCCCAGCGGCGGGCGGCCGGUCGGCCCCCAGUACUGGGACCGCGACGAAAAGAUAAAGUUCAUGGACAAGCACGGCAUCGACGUCUCCAUCGUCAGCACGGCCAACCCGUGGCUCGACUUCCUCCCCGCCGCCGAAGCGCCCUCCCUCGCCGAAGCCCUCAACGCCGACCUCGACGCCUACUGCGCCACCGCCCCCGCCCUCUCCCCCGCCCUGUCCCGCCUCUACGCCUUCGGCCUCCUCCCGCUCGUCCCCGCCGUCCCCGUCCCCGCGCUGCUCGCCGCCGUCGCGCACAUCGCCUCCCUCCCGCGCCUGCGCGGCGUCAUCAUGGGCACGCGCGGGCGCGGCGCGGGGCUCGACGACCCCGCGCUCGAGCCCGUCUGGGCGGCGCUCGCAAGGGCGGGCCUGGUCGUGUUUCUGCACCCGCAUUACGGCGUGCCGAGCAGCGAGUGGGGCGACCGGGAGAACGGGCACGUCCUCCCGCUCGCGCUCGGGUUUCCGUUCGAGACGACCAUCGCAACGACCCGCCUCAUCCUCGCAGGCGUGCUCGACCGGCACCCAUCGCUGCGCCUCCUCCUCGCGCACGCGGGCGGCGCGCUCCCGCAGCUCUCCGCGCGCCUCGCGUCGUGCGUCGCGCACGACCCCGCCGUCGCGCAGCGCCUAGCGCACGACGCGCGGUGGUACCUCGGGCAGCUGUACUUUGACGCGGUCGCGUACGGGCGCGAGGAGCUCGCGUUCGUGGCCGAGUGUGUCGGGCGCGCGGAUUCGUAUGAGAAGGGCGCGGACCGCCGCACCCAGUCCGCGCAACGCACCCUCGGCUCUUCGCGCCUCCUCUUCGGCACGGACCACCCGUUUUUCCCCCCGCUCGCGGAGACGGACAAGUGGCAGAGCGUGACCGAGAACCUCGAGGCGAUCGAUGGCGUCGAGGGGUGGUCCGACGCGGAGCGCGAGGGCGUCAGAGGAGGUAAUGCGGCAAGGCUAUUUGGGUUGGUGUAG